UAUAAAUAUGAUGACAUGAUUGCUCUUCCCUUUCUAUACCAACCAUAUCAACAUCUUCCAAACAAGACAAAAAAAGAAAGACAUACAAUUUUCAAGUCACAACACAACAACAUCAAUAUGCAAUCCAUUUCUAUCAUAAACUCCUCCCAAUUAUUCCACCAAUUUUCAUCAACCAAGCCACCUUUUUCAAAUUACAAAAAACCCAUAUCUUUUCCUCCAAUUAUGGCAUCCAACAGAGAAGCAGCUGAUCAUAAUUUUGGUGGCAGAUUGGUAGAUGAAAGUAUGAUAAUCCUUAGAAAAAGAAUACAUGAGAUGAACAUGAUUGAGAAGAAUUAUGAAGCACCUUCUAAUUGGAUGGAAUGGGAGAAAAAAUAUUAUACAAGCUAUGAUUCAAUUAUAUGUGAAGCAAUGGGAGUUUUGCAAACCCAAUUGAUGAAUACUAGGCCAAGUGUUGCUCUUGGUGUUAUUGCUUUUGUUGCAAUUAGUGUUCCAACUUCUUCUGCUCUUAUUUUUCUUCAUCUUUUGGAAUUAGCCAGGAAUGUUUUUGGCGGAAUUCAUAUUUUCUAGCUAGCUUUUGAUUUAUUUAAUGUUUUGAAUUAGUGGUUUGGUAUUUGGAAAAAAACCAUCUAAUUAGAUAUCAUACAUACUAAUUACAGCUGCUUUUGAUAUUAAUAAUAUAGACAAUAUUCUCAUUAUGUGUAGUUA